CAUACAUUAUUUUUUUUAAAUAGUGACUAUUAAUUAGGAAUUAUGGAUGAAGAGUUAGGAGAACUAACAGAAAAUGACUUUAUAAUACCUCCUGUAAAAUACGAAUAUUUAGAUCACACAGCUGAUGUUCAGUUACAUGCCUGGGGUGAUAGCCUGACUGAAGCUUUUGAACAAUGUGGUAUGGCAAUGUUUGGAUACAUGACAGAACUUCCCUAUGUUCAAAUAAAACAAGUGCACACAAUAGAAGCAUCAGCCGAUGACAUGAUGGGGCUCUUGUAUCACUUUCUUGAUGAGUUAUUAUUUUUGUUUUCUGCUGAACCAAAUUUAAUAUGUAAAAAGUUAAAAAUUAUAGAAUUUAAUACAGAAGAGUUCAGAAUAGUUUGUAAAUGUUAUGGUGAAGAAUUUGAGAUUGGAAAGCAUCCUCAAGGGUCUGAAGUUAAGGCUAUAACUUAUUCAGCAAUGCAAAUCAUUGACGAACCAAAAGACAAUAAGUUUGAGUUCAUCAUGUUUCUUUCUCGUUUCUUCUGAUUAAAGUAACUUGGGAAAAUAGAACAAAAACUACUUUUCACGAUGUAUUAGUUAGUAAUUAUAAUGAAUUUAUUGAAAACAGCAUUCAGUGACCAUUUUAAGUAAAAAAAAGUUUCAAAAAAGUAAACCAACUUCAAAUUGCUGUCCACUGUCCAUAUAUUAUACAUGUCCUUACCAGAAAUGCGUUGUUAGUCAAAACUGCGGAAAUAAUUUUGAUUACACUUGGAAUGUUCCCUAACUUGGAGUAUGCCUAAAUUAAAAAAUAUGUGAAAGAAUGUCUCGGUGAGAAGAGAGUUCCACAUGGUGCCGCGCAAUCACGCCGAUCCUGGAUUUAUUCAUACGAUUCCGAGACCAAGUAGCAUUCGACAGUUUAACGGGUCCAACUGCGACCUUCAAAUGAAUAAAUAUUUUUUUUGAA